GUGGGUAAAUAAAGGUGUCAAGGUCACUCUGGAAAGGUUUGCAAAUGGCCCAUGUUUCUCCUUAAUGAGGGGAAGAAAACUUCUAGCCACAACGUUUCUACUGAAUUUUGCAUCCCGGAUCUUUACAGGCAUGGCUUGGAGGUCAAGUGGGGCCACCAAUGAGGAGUUGGUUAAUAACUUGAAGAAAAAUGGUAUUAUCAAGCAUGAGUCUGUUGAGAGAGUCAUGAAGCUAGUCGAUAGGAAACAUUACACCAACGUGUCAUCUUACGUGGAUUCACCCCAGGGGAUCGGCUACCAUGCAACCAUCAGUGCUCCACAUAUGCAUGCCCAUGCCCUGGAGAUCUUAAGUGAGCAGUUGACUGAAGGUGCCUCAGCUCUGGACGUUGGCUCAGGGAGUGGAUACCUCACAGCAUGUAUGGCACUCAUGGUUGGAGAGACUGGCAAAGUAAUUGGCAUUGAUCACAUAGACAGUUUGGUGCAAGAUUCUAUUAGAAAUAUUAAAAAGGACUCUAAAAUAGGUGCUCUGUUAGGUACUGGUCGAAUUACAUUAGUGACUGGAGAUGGGAGACAGGGGUACUUACCUGGCGCCCCCUAUGAUGCUAUAAAUGUAGGAGCUGCAGCAAAUCCACUUCCAGAAGCUUUGAUCGAGCAGUUGAAGCCUGGUGGUAGACUGAUCAUACCUGUUGGACCUGAAGGAGGCAAUCAGAUGCUCACGCAAGUUGAUAAGCUAGAGGACGGCUCAAUAAGCAAGAAGAAUCUUAUGGGGGUGAUAUACAUUCCCCUGACAAGCCAAGAGAAGCAGUGGCCAAAAGGGAAGACUGAAUUGUAAUGAGACUAGUAAGCAUCAAGUGUAAACCAGCAAGCCAAUAUGAACUGCCAAAACCAGUGUGAUCUUUUUAAUGUGAUACCUAUCACAAGCAUGAUCCUUUAACAAUAUAUUGCAUACUUUUUCACAGGUGUGAUCCUUUAACAAGUUGUUACAUGACUGUGAUCCAUUAACAAUAUGUUGCAUAAUCCUUGAAUUUCAUUGCAUAUCCUCCCAAGUUACAAGUUAUGCAAUAUAAAACAAAAAACCGUGGACUAUAAGGAUGAAUUGAUCUUACAAUCAAGCUUCUCUCUACAUAGAGACACACCAAGUGAAUGGUGAUAAUUUCAGUAAGACAUUUUCAUGCAGAACCAUGGUGUUACGGUUAGUGUAGUAUUAUCUGCUUUAAUGGCCUCUCACGAUACGUCAGAGAAUUCUGGAGAUCAUUUAAGUUAUAAGAUUCUCCUGCAGGACCAUGUAUAAUGGUAUGGUUGGUGUAAUCAUGCUUGUUCAUUGUACGCCCAUGAUAUGUUAGA